AUGCGCACAUCGCCUUUGCUCCUCGCUCUGCCGCUGGCAACCGCGCAACAGAUCCCUUUCCUUGACGAAGUUAAGGGCUGGUUUGCCAAAGCGACCUCAUCGGUCGCAUCUGUCGUGGAGAAGGCGACCGAGUCCGCAUCGAUACCCAAGAUCCCCGACCCAGUAGCAGCGGCUUCUGCGAAAGUUGCCAAGCUCAACGUUGAGAAGCUCAAUAUCAGCAAUUAUAAUGAGAUAGUGAGGCCCGGUCAUCCAAAUGCAGAGCCCGGCAUUGAGACCUGGAUGGUCUUCGUGACUGGAGGAAACAAGACCUGCUAUGGAAUGUGUACGAAAGCUGAGACCGCGUUCAAUGAGUCUGUGCCUCUUCUCGCAGCUGCUCCAAAGCCUCCCAAACUUGGAGUGAUCAACUGCGAAACGGAUGGCGUUUUGUGCCACGCAUGGGCCGUGAGCCCACCUUCGUUGUACUACUUCCAGCUUCCUCAACCAUUACCGGACCAGUCAACUCCAGCAUCCACCGUGCGCUCGAUCAAGCUCAACCGCACCACAGUCACCGCACCUGAAAUUGCAAGAGUCUACCUGCAAGAGAAAUACCUCGAGACUGAGCCAUAUGAAGGCUUUUUCCAUCCUUUUGACGGGCCAUUGGCCAAGUACAACCUCGCGAUCCCGUUUGGAUAUGUUGUCUGGGGUUUUUCGCAGAUUCCAUCCUGGGCAUUCAUGAUUGGUAUCUCUUUCUUCAGCCGAACUAUCAUGUAA